AUGUAGAAUUAAUAAUAGCGAGUAGAGCGUGUGGGUUGGCAGAUAGAAGGCAUCCUGUUUGAUAGGAAGCACAUCAAAGCAUAUAGAUAACAGUUAACAAAAUCCAGUUUCCUUCGGGCCAGUGUGCUGCCGCUCUGGUCCCAAGUAUCGUGCUCCGUCUCAAAAUCGUAAUCAUAAAGUGAAACAACAUGACAUUUGUUCUCUUCCUUCUCGUCGUCUUGUCGUUGGAUCAGUGUAUGGGACAAAUUAUCGAUAUCGGUGACGUGUGGGAGAUCAAAUGCCCGCAGGGAUGCACCUGUGAGAUCCAGAAGUAUUCCGAUCUGUCCCUGCAUCAAUGGGCCGGCACGAACAGAAAUAAUAAUCAGGAUAUACCACCUUCCGACGAUGUUGAUUUUAACAUGGACAAUCCGAUGGCUCACGAAUUGCUGAAAAUCGCGACGUGCGUGAUUGUUGACAACCCCGAGGAACUUUUGGCUAAGCUUCCCUCGGAUAUACAGGUUCUGACGUUACUCGAAUCGGGCAGCGGGGACGUUGAUAUUCUUCUGCAAGCCGCUGCAUUCCAACGCUUCACCGAACUGAUAUCGCUGGACGUUCAAGGGCUAGAUUACAGCGACCCCUCCAUGAAAGAGGCGAAUAAUCGUACGGAAAGAGGCGGCGUUAUUCUCGCGUCUGACGCAAUGUAUCCUCUAGGACCCACUUUACUGUAUCUAAAUUUGGAACGAGUCAAAUUGUCGAAUUUAAAUUUGCCGAACAAGGGCAAGGCGAACCUGGUGAUCAAGCCGAUGAAUUCGCAGGAAACGAAGACAAUCGACGAAAGCCAGAUGUCUGCGAGCAAUACCAGCCAGCACAAGGGUCACAGGCUCAUAUUUCUAAGCCAACAGAAUAACGAGGACAAGGAGAUAUUGCCAUACAAUCUGUACAAACAAGAACUGGAAGGCUACAGAGAAAACGUUGAGCUGUUUGCCGCGCUCGGUGCGCUGACUCAUUUAAGGGUGUACGAUUGCGCCCUGAAAGAUAUAUCUUGGCACAUGUUCGACGGCCUCAACAGCCUCCUCUAUCUCUCGCUGGAAAAGAACAGUCUGAAGUUCAUUCCCGAAUUUUGCUUCUACGGCACGCCGAACUUGAGAUCGCUCUCACUCGCAGGCAACGAAUUAUUGACACUGAAGUGCGUAGACCUGGCAGGAUUACUUCUGCUGGAACAUCUGGAUUUGAGACAAAAUAAUCUAACGUUCCUAUCGGAGUUGUCGUUUCCGCCAUUCCCAGCACUUGUCAGCGCUGAUUUCACGGACAACCCUCUGGAUUCCAUUUUUCCAAGUACCUUCGAGAUCAUGAAUACGACAAUAAAACUGUAUGUCGGUGGUGCGGCGGCAAAACUGAAACUGCAGAAGAACUCGUUACUGGGUUUACGCCGCGCCGAGAUACUGCACAUGUACAAUCUAGAGAUACCUGUAUUAGAACGUUUCAUCCUGCAAGGAGUGCCGUCGUUGACGCACCUCAAGAUGCGAGGAAUCGUCUCGAGCAUCGAUUUCGACGCCUUUGUCGACCUUGCCAAUUUGCUGGACCUCGAUCUAAGUAAUUGUCACAUUCAGCGAAUUUCUAUGGACGCCUUCUACGGCUUGGAGAAAGUCGGGAGAAUUGACUUGUCGAAUAACGAUUUUGAAGCGAUACCGCCCGGUUUGUUCACCGCUCAACAGCAGAAGGAACUGAGAGAAAUUAUACUUACGGGGAACAAAUUAACUUCGCUACCUUUAGAUUUCUUUAGAAACCUGAGGCUGCCGAAUAAACAGACGCGCGUACAAAAUAUAAGAUUGGACGACAAUCCUUGGGAUUGUGCGUGCACGAUGGUCACCUGGAAUCCCAAUUUGGUGAACAGAAAUAAGGAGACGGCUCCGCGCUGUUCAACGCCAAAACGAUUGCAGAACUGGGGAGUCUUCUAUGCAUUGCGCAAAGGUGGUUUACAAUGCAGAGGCCCGAAGAAAAGGUACAUUCGAAAAUUCCUGAAGACGAGAAGCUUUGAUGAGGAUAACAAUAUCAGUUAGCCAAUCUCUCUCUCUCCUCAAAUUGUACGUGUAUACUGAUAUACACGCAGGAUUAACGAAAGAAAUACAUAAAAAAAAAUUUUUACAUAACGUGCCUCCCUUUCCAAAAAUAUAAAUUUGAUCCUUCAUUUUAGGGCAAGUAUUAAUAUACGUUUGCGCACGUGGAAAUUACCGUUUCAUAUUCUAACAAAGUUCUACUUGAUAUAUGCAAAUGUAACAUCUUUUAAAUGUUAUUUGAUAAACAAUAUACAUCAUUGAGAAUUGUAACAUUAA